AUGAUAAAAAAGACUGAAGGGGGAGGCUUUGGGAAGUGUUAGGGAGUGAGGCGCAGAUGGAGCCUCCACCACCCAAGAGCUGGAGCAUCCAUACUCGAUCCGAAAUCAUCGCCAAAUACCAGAUAAUGGAACGGGUCGGGUCAGGCGCUUACGCCGACGUCUACCGUGCCUGUCGUCUCUCCGACGGCCUCACCGUCGCCCUCAAGGAAAUCCACGACUACCAAUCCGCGUUCCGAGAAAUCGACGCGCUUCAGCUUCUGCAAGGCUCCCCAAACGUCGUCGUUUUGCACGAGUACUUCUGGCGCGACGACGAGGACGCCGUCCUCGUCCUCGAGUACCUCAGAACCGACCUUGCCACCGUCAUCGCCGACGCCGCCAAGGCUAAUGAACCUCUCCCCGUCGGCGAGAUCAAGCGCUGGAUGAUCCAGAUUCUCUCCGGCGUCGACGCCUGUCACCGCAACAUGGUCCUCCAUCGAGAUUUGAAGCCAUCUAAUCUCUUGAUUUCCGAUAACGGACUCCUCAAACUCGCAGAUUUCGGACAAGCGAGGAUUCUUACGGAGCCUCGAUUCGAUGCUUCGGAGGAUAACACUUAUAAUAACGAAGAAAGUUCUAGAGUUUUAGAUGAGAUUGAUAAGGACGCUAACAUUCGUGACGGAAACGCAACAUGCAACACUAGUGACGUAGAUAAUGAAAUGCGGGAAGGGGAAGAUGAAGAACCUGGUUGUUUCACAUCGUGCGUUGGAACUCGUUGGUUCAGGGCUCCUGAGUUGCUUUAUGGAUCCAGAGACUACGGUUUAGAGAUUGAUUUAUGGUCCUUGGGAUGUGUCUUUGCAGAGCUUUUAACUCUGCAGCCUUUGUUUCCUGGAACUGCUGAUAUUGAUCAACUCAGCAGAAUCAUUAGUGUUUUGGGUAACCUUGAUGAGAAUCUUUGGCCUGGUUGUUCUAAGCUUCCUGAUUAUGGAAUCAUAUCGUUUAGCAAGGUGGAAAACCCUGCUGGUAUUGAAGCCUGUUUGCCCAAUCGUUCGCCGGAUGAAGUGUCUCUGGUUAAGAGGUUGGUUUGUUAUAAUCCGCCGAGGAGGGCUACGGCAAUGGAAUUGCUUUGUGACAAGUACUUUAGUGAAGAACCUCUUCCUGUUCCUGUUUCUGAGCUGAGAGUUCCUUUGACAAGAAAGGAAGGGGAUGAGGAUUCCCCUGGUAGUGGGUGGCUUGAUUAUGAGGACAUGGGUUCUGAUUCUGAUUUCGAUGACUUUGGCCCUCUGAAUAUCACCAGAACGGGAACCGGUUUCUCCAUACAGUUUCCUUGAGCUUUAAGGAAUUCAAGAUGUGGGAACCUGAGUCAAAGCACAUUCUUGUGUUGCUUUGCAAAUGAAUAUCACUCUUGCUAGGCAUACGCAGAUACUGCCUAAAUUCAUUAGUAGAUUUCUGGAAGGAGAGAAGUUGAUCACGGUGGAGGUUGCUGGCUAAAGGUUUAUCCUAUGCUUUCUUUUCUUUCGUUCAGAUUUUCUCCCAUAACAUUUGCUCCUUUUGAUUGCAGAGGGCAUUAAUAGUUUAUAACAAAAAUUGGCUGAAGGGGCAUGAGCUAAUAUUUAUUAAAAGAUUAAAAAAAAAAAAACAAAUGAAACAGCAUUGUAACAAAAUAAUGAGUUAUAAUAAGUAGUGUUAUUUGCAGCUGUAAUGAAAUUUGUUAAGAAUUGUAUAGACUAGCUUCCUAUAUACAUCAGAAAUCCAGGGCAACUAAUUGAAAAACAAUUUGUAUCGACGUCGAGUUUUAUGUUGAAUCUUUUUUGCAUUUGUGAG